AUGACUAAACCAGUUACACUACAUUUAAGAGCUGAGAAAAAACCAUUAGAAGCUCGUGCAGCUUUAACCCCAAAUUCUACUAAACAAUUAAUUCAAGCAGGUUUCACUGUUUAUGUUGAAGAAUCAAAACAAAGUGCUUUUGAUGCUCAAGAAUAUGCUAAAGUUGGUGCUAAAAUAGUACCAGAAGAUUCAUGGAAAUAUGCUCCAACUGAUCGUAUAAUUAUUGGAUUAAAAGAAUUACCUGAAGAAGAUACUUUCCCAUUAAUUCAUGAACAUAUUCAAUUUGCUCAUUGUUAUAAAAAUCAAGGUGGAUGGCAAGAUGUCUUGAGUCGUUACGCUAGAGGUAAUGGUACUUUAUAUGAUUUAGAAUUCUUGGAAAAUGAUCAAGGUAGAAGAGUUGCAGCUUUUGGAUUUUAUGCUGGGUUUGCAGGUGCAGCUUUAGGUGUUAAAGAUUGGGCUUUUAAAAAUACUCAUCCAGAUUCUGAAGAUUUAAAAGGUGUUGAACCAUAUAAAAGUGAAGAUUCAUUAGUUGAAGAUGUUAAAAAAGAUUUAAAUAAAGCCUUAUCAAAAGGUGCUAAAAAACCAACAGUUUUAAUUAUUGGUGCUUUAGGUCGUUGUGGUUCAGGUGCAAUUGAAUUACUAACAAAAGCUGGUAUUCCAGAGGAAAACAUUAAAAAAUGGGAUAUCAAAGAAACUUCAAAAGGUGGUCCAUUCAAAGAAAUUGCAGAAUCUGAUAUUUUCAUUAAUUGUAUUUAUUUAUCAAAACCAAUCCCACCUUUUAUUAAUUAUGAAUUAUUAAAUAAUUCAAAUAGAAAAUUAAGAACAGUUGUUGAUGUUUCAGCUGAUACAACAAAUCCACAUAAUCCAAUUCCAAUUUAUUCAAUUGCUACAGUUUUCGAUAAACCAACAGUUAAAGUUAAUACAACAAAAGGUCCAAAAUUAUCUGUUGUUUCAAUUGAUCAUUUACCUUCUUUAUUACCAAGAGAAGCUUCAGAAUUUUUCGCAAAAGAUUUAUUACCAUCUUUAUUACAAUUACCAAAUAGAAAAACUGCAAAUGUUUGGGUUAAAGCUGAAAAAUUAUAUAAACAUCAUGUUAAACGUUUAAAUAGAGAACAAAAAUUAUAG